CAGUUAUUUUUCUUCCCCUCUUCCUUCCGUUUCCAAAUUCCAAAGACGGAAAAAGGAGACCCAAGUUCCUAAGCGAGAAACUAGUAGGAUAAAGUUGACAGUAACACUACCCUUCGCCGGUUGUCACCGACCUAUCACUCCUCUGCAAUCUCUCUGUUUUUUCUCUUUUUUGUUUUUUUGCCAGCACUCCUCUGCAACCUCCACCUUGCAGAAAAGAAGCCUUAAAGAAUACAAAGCUAUCAUUAACGUAGAUUCCAAUCGGGUCUACUAUGGUUGCAAAAAUGGCGGCAUUGGUGAUGCUCAUCCUGACGCUGCUGGUAGUUUGUCUCGACGCUCAGAACACCAACAGGGUCUACCACCCAUGCGUUGAUACCAAGAUUCAGAGAUCUGAUGGCUUCACUUUUGGCAUUGCUUUCAGUUCCAGGGAUUCGUUCUUCUACGACAAGUCCCACCAGCUCUCUCCAUGUGACAGCCGUCUCGGUCUGGCUUCGUCGUCGAAGAACUCGCAGCUCGCAUUGUUCCGCCCGAAAGUCGAUGAGAUCUCCCUCCUCUCUAUCAACACCUCUAAUUUCUUCCCGGAUUCUUAUGGUGGGUAUAUGGUGGCAUUUGCUGGACGGAAAUAUGCUGCAAGAUCUCUACCUGCGUUUGUUGCAAACAGCACAUACAUUGUGACAAGUUCUACACUGGUGCUCGAGUUUAAGAAGGGCAGGCUACAGAAUUUGUACUGGAAGAGAGACGGAUGUGCUUCAUGCAAAGGAAAAUCUAACUUUGUUUGCCUCAAUAAACAAGACUGCGCAAUUAGAACAUCAUCUUGUAAGAAUCGGGGAGGUUCAGUGGAUUGUAGUCUUGGGAUCCAGCUAGCGUUUUCUGGCACAGACAAGCAUCUCACAGUGCUUAAUUCAUGGUACGAAGUCGAAAACAUGCGCCAAUAUUCACUUUAUGGAUUGUAUUCAAAUCUGAGGGGCUCCCUGACCAGCCAGUACAACAAAUUCUUUUAGCCAGAAAUUUUCAAUUUUUCCCUGGAGUUUGCUUGUUUGAGACGGUCUUGUAAUUUCUCGGUGCUGCUAUUUGUGUUUAUUAUUGCUGAUUCUUGACAUAUUUGUUCUUAUUUUGCGAUUUAUAACGAUGCCUUCAGAUUUUAUUUGUUAUUUUAUGCCUAAGGAAUGUAUUGACUCUAAAUGGUUACGUGUGUAUCUCUCGUUUGGCCAAAGGGAAAAAACUGUUUUUCCCUCGAGAGUAUUCGUUCA